CCCAAAUUUCUACAUCAAUCACAUUCACAAUUUCCUCAUUCAAGAGAAAAAUGGCACCAAAAUCAGAGAAAAAGCCCGCCGAGAAGAAGCCAGCUGAGAAAGCCCCCGUCGCCGAGAAAGCUCCGGCGGAGAAGAAGCCAAAGGCUGGGAAGAAGCUCCCAAAGGAUGCUGCCGCUGGUGACAAGAAGAAGAAGAGGGCGAAGAAGUCGGUCGAGACUUACAAGAUCUAUAUCUUCAAAGUUCUGAAGCAGGUUCAUCCUGAUAUCGGUAUUUCAAGUAAAGCUAUGGGUAUCAUGAACAGUUUCAUUAACGAUAUCUUUGAGAAACUUGCUCAAGAAGCUUCCCGACUUGCCCGCUACAAUAAGAAGCCUACUAUCACUUCUCGGGAAAUUCAGACAGCUGUCCGAUUGGUCCUUCCUGGUGAAUUGGCUAAGCAUGCUGUCUCUGAAGGCACAAAGGCUGUUACCAAAUUCACCAGCUCUUGAAGAAUUUGAAGAGUUUUAGGUUAAUGUUUAAUUUUACUGUAUUAGGGUUUGAUGAUAGGUGUAAAAAUAUUUCCUUUUAGUUAUUAGCUUCCUUUAUCUGUACACAUCUUGUGUAAUGUGGAUUGCUAAUCAAUCAUCUAUAUAAUCUAUCAGCUGUUGUUGUUAAUUGAAGUCUCGAUUUAAGUU